AUGAUCUACGCUGUGGAGGAGAUUAACAACAGCUCUGUCCUGCUGCCUGGGGUCACUCUGGGGUAUGAGAUCCACGACUCCUGUGCUUCUGUUCCAGUCGCGGUGCAAUCAGCAUUCCAGCUCAUCAACGGACACGAGCCGGAAUACCACCCCGACCGACGCUGCUCCCACUCCGGGAUGGUGAUGGGAAUUGUGGGUGAAUCUGGUUCCACACCCUCCAUCAGCAUGUCCCACGUCAUAGGAGGGUUCAACAUACCUCAAGUCAGUCACUUUGCAACAUGUGCCUGCCUGUCUGACAAACAGCAGUAUCCCAGCUUCUUCAGAACAAUUCCCAGUGAUAAGUUCCAGGCUGAUUCUCUGGUCAGACUGGUCAAACAGUUUGGCUGGACCUGGAUCGGAACUGUCUAUUCAGACUCAGACUAUGGGAAUAAUGGCAUGGCGUCUUUCCUGUCAGCAGCAAACAGGGAAGGCAUCUGUGUGGAAUACUCAGAACCUUUUUAUAGGACAUACUCUCACAGCCGCAUCCAGAAGGUGGCACAGGUCAUACGCAGGUCCACGGCGACCAUAGUUGUCGCCUUUGCAGCGUCUGGAGACAUGCGUAUUCUGCUGGAGGAGCUGUGCCAGGAGCCUGUUCCGUUCCGGCAGUGGGUGGGAAGUGAGGCUUGGGUAACAAACCCCGACCUGCUCCGUUUCAGCUCCUGUGUGGGGGCUCUUGGACUGGGCAUCCCACAGUCGGAGAUCCCUGGGCUAAAGGAGUUCUUAUCAGAUCUGCCCUUUUUGAGAGUGAGCGACUCUCCACUGUUAAGCAAGUUCUGGGAAGAGGCGUUCAAGUGCCGAAUGCCAACAAUUCUGGGAUACAUAGGCCUGUUGGCUUUGCUGUGUUUUGUGUUGGCGUUCUUGGCUCGUAAACUCCCGGAUAAUUUCAACGAGGCCAAGUUCAUCACCUUCAGCAUGUUGAUCUUCUGUGCCGUCUGGAUCACGUUUAUCCCGGCUUACGUCAGCUCUCCAGGAAAGUUCACCGUCGCUGUGGAGAUAUUCGCAAUUCUAGCCUCGACUUACAGAUGCUUUUGUUUGUUCAGCUUUGACUUCAGGGCCUUCCGCUGGAUGAUGACCAUGGUGUUUGCCGUGGAGGAGAUCAACGGAGACUUGAGUUUGUUGCCUGGGGUCAAACUGGGCUAUCGCAUCAUGGACAGCUGCGACCACGUCCACACCAGCCUGCAGGCAGUUUUUUCUUUACUCUCGCAAACUAAUGAAAAAACUAUGGAAAAUGUGGAUGUCAGCCAACGUAUUUUUGGUGGCGGUGGAGCGUCUGAAGGAUCUGCACCGUGCUUGGCUGGUUCACCUGUGUCUGCGGUGAUUGGCCUGGCCUCAUCUUCUCCCACCAGAGCUGUGGCACACACUGUGGGCCCCUUUGACAUUCCUCUGGUGUGGGAGCAAAAUACAGCUAAACUGAACUUCUGA